AUGAAUAUUAUAAAGUUUCGACAAGCUUCAUUUGACCUGCUGACGGACUUCCUCGUUAACAUCAACAAGGAAAAUAAAGACACACUCGACAGUUUGUCCAAAUGCAGCGGCUGCUUCAAGAAUGCCAAUGUGAUGGAAUACAUCUUCCAUAUAACCAGGGCUUUGGAUCUUGACCCACAAGUUGGAUACCAUGCCACUGAAUUACUUCAAAGAUUCAUGACCACACACCUGACCAAGCAGCUCACAAUCCCCUCUCCCCAAGGAGCCUCUGGCAUUCAGCCCAUAAGUGUUGAAGACAGUGUUUUAGAUUCGCUCAAGACAAAGUUUCCUGAUAUUGUUUUCUCCUGUGUACAGCUUGCAAGCAAAAUGUCCUUGCACGUGAACGUCAUUGACAACAACACGGCCAUUCGCUUUCUACACUCGUUGGGCUACACAGCGACGAAGAAAACUCUAUUGGACUCUGAGCUGCUGGUGUUAAAGGGGCUCGACUAUAAACUGGCUGUCACUAACCCUCUGAUCUAUGUCGAGAUACUUCUGGAAGUCCUUGUUCACAACGAGCCGUCCAUCCCCAUCGAGCGCACCUAUGGUCUGUGCCAGCAGGUGCUCCAGUUUGUUGUGUUGGAGCGAGCUACCAUUUUUGACUCCCUGUUAAUGGUGACAAUCAGGAGCAAGCAGCCGACCACAGAGCAGAGAAGUCUGUCUGCAGUGAGUACGUCAAACAGCAUAGGUGGUGGAGACAGCAGUCUAAGACAGCAACCCUUCAUCCUCCAGCUUCACCAGGGGGACUUAAAGGCAUUCAUAGGACACAAGACCCUCCUUGGUCAGUCCUGGAUCUCCUCAAGAUUUCUGCCUGCCGUGGGUUGCUGUUGGACUGCGGAUUAUAGAUCAAUACAACAUGUAGCUCCUCCUCCUUCCCUCAAAGCCAGAUCUGGAGAAAUUCUGCUUUCGACUCAUGGUUUGUCUGUAGUGUAG